ACGCUUCACUGAUGUCCCGGAAAUGAAACCCGGUAAACAAAACCAUGUCCAAUCAGAGUGCAACGUUGUUUGAGGCCCGGGGAUACUUUGAUAUACUUCUGGUUCACAAAAAUGGCUUCUCUUGACAGAGUGAAAGUAUUAGUUUUGGGAGAUUCCGGUGUGGGGAAGUCUUCAUUAGUCCAUCUGCUGUGUCAAAAUCAGGUUUUGGGGAAUCCUUCAUGGACCGUUGGUUGCUCUGUAGAUGUGCGGGCGCAUGACUACAAGGAAGGUACCCCGGAGGAGAAGACCUUCUACAUUGAAUUAUGGGAUGUUGGAGGGUCAGUAGGAAGUGCUAGCAGUGUUAAAAGCACCAGAGCGGUUUUCUACAACUCAGUCAAUGGCAUUAUACUAGUUCACGAUCUGACGAACAAGAAAUCCUCCCAAAAUCUAUAUCGCUGGUCUUUAGAAGCCUUAAACAGAGACUCGUCGCCAACAGGAGUUAUCGUAUCAAAUGGUGAUUAUGACAGAGAGCAGUUUGCUGAGAACCCAGUGCCUUUGUUGUUGAUCGGCACCAAGUUUGACCAGAUCCCAGAAAACAAGCGCAGCGAUGUUCUCAACAGGACAGCCUUCCUCUCUGAAGACUUCAACGCCGAAGAGAUCAAUCUGGACUCCACCAAUCCAAGAUAUCUAGCUGCCGGUACCUCUAAUGCAGUGAAGCUAAGUAGGUUCUUUGACAAGGUCAUCGAGAAGAGAUACUUCACGAGAGAUCCAAGUCAAAUGACUGGUUUCACAGAGCGAAAAAGGUUCAACUUCAAAAGCCAACACUACGACUGAGCUUGCAGCCACAGGGCAUGAGUGGUCUGUGGUUGUAACUCUGCAGCACAGCAUUUCUCUCUUUCUUUCUCUACGUUCUUCUGUUUCCCACGCAUGAUUUAAUUCCUAAUAAGACAACUUGUAAAUAGAAAUAAAACACAGUUGUGUUGAUUGCUUUAAGAAGUAGCGGUGUUGGUGCACAGGGGGAAUCUUACAUUUAUUAAUUUUGACAUGCAUUUGCUCGUCUAUUUACAAAAAUGUUUCCAACAGACUUGAGUUGUCUGUUCCACACUGAUGCUAAUGUAAUGCUACCCUUUCUCAGAUUUUUGCUACAU